CCCAUUAACAUGUUGCUGAUGAACAUCUCUCUGAGUGACCUGAUGGUGUGUAUCCUAGGCACCCCAUUCAGCUUUGCCGCCAGCACCCAGGGACGCUGGCUCAUCGGAGAAGCCGGAUGCGUCUGGUACGGAUUCAUCAACACGCUUUUUGGUACAGUAUCUCUGGUUUCUCUGGCUGUAUUGUCUUAUGAGCGUUACUGCACCAUGCUCAGGAGCACAGAAGCAGACGUGACAAACUAUAGGAACGCUUGGUUGGGAAUUUUAGUUUCUUGGGUAUACUCCCUUUUUUGGACUCUACCGCCACUUUUCGGGUGGAGCAACUAUGGCCCAGAAGGACCGGGUACCACAUGCUCA